UUUCCAUAUUUGUUCAGCCUCGGUAACCCGAACGCCAGGGCCGGCGCAGCCCGCCCAGCGCCGCGCUCCAGGCCCCGCACCCCGCGGUCGGUCGCCAUGGGCCGGGACAAGCGGCCCCGCGACCCGCAGAGGAGGCAGGGGGGGCCCCCGGGCGCGGACGCCGCCGGGCCCGACGACACGGGGCCGAAGACAGGCAAAGGGGCCCCCAAGGAGUGCGGGGAGGAGGAGGCCCGGACGUGCUGCGGCUGCCGGUUCCCGCUGCUGCUCGCCCUGCUGCAGCUGGCCCUGGGCAUCUCCGUGACCGUGGUGGGCUUCCUCAUGGCGAGCAUCAGCUCCUCCCUGCUGCUCAGGGACACUCCGUUUUGGGCUGGGAUCAUUGUCUGCUUAGUGGCCUACCUGGGUUUGUUUAUGCUUUGUGUCUCAUAUCAAGUCGACGAACGGACAUGUAUCCAGUUUUCUAUGAAACUGCUGUACUUCCUGCUCAGUGCCCUGGGCCUGACCAUCUGCGUGUUGGCCGUGGCGUUCGCUGCCCACCACUAUUCACUGCUUGAACAGUUUACCUGCAAGCUAGCCCUCGACUCCUGCCAGUGCAAACUGCCCUCCUCGGAGCCGCUCAGCAGGACCUUUGUUUACCGGGAUGUCACUGAUUGUACCAGCAUCACUGGCACUUUUAAGCUGUUCUUACUCAUCCAGAUAGUCCUUAACCUGCUCUGCAGCUUCGUGUGCUUGCUGGCCUGCUUUGUGAUGUGGAAGCACAGGUACCAGGUCUUCUACGUGGGCGUCAGGGUGUGCUCCCGGACAGCCUCUGAAGGCCAGCAGCAGAAGGCCUAACUGGCUAGCUCUGAGGUAACAGAGGAAACAGCACACUUAGGAGCUGAGGAGAAAAAGAUUU